AGUAUUUGUGAGUGAUUUGCUCGUCCUUCGGUCAUAGCAGGUCUCCCAAGUUCCUUGACUCCGACAAAGUGUUACACACGAGGUGCGAUCGGUGCCGUUCGUUUGACCUACUAUCUUGGAUUAACCGGUGGGUAAGUCUGAAGAGCGUCACAUUUUUCCAGGAAAUUCGGAAACGGUGAUCGGGUGCCGACAGUGAUUUAGUGAACUGAAAGGACUGUGGAACAAGUGCGAUUUCAGUCUGCUCUAUAAUCGGGAUUUCAGUAUAGGUCAAGCAUGAAACAAUACGCCUUCGGCGCACUGUUGUGUGCCCUUGUCCUGUACUGUCACGCCAACCCUAUAGUGACCAUCACAGCCGAUCACCACGACGCUAGAUCACUCGAAUCACCCAGCGAGGUGCAGAAAGAAGGUGUGCAACAAGAAGCGAUACAAGGUGUUUUUAAUGCGGAAACUGCUGCUCCAGCACUAGAGGAGAAGACUGACGAAAAACCAUCUGAAAGUAGCAUUAGUGUCUCAUCGACUGAAUCCAACGCUGUUCCUAGUCAAAGCGUAGCAGAAAAAGCAGGCGAAGUUACUGCUGUGGAAGUGAAACCAAAAACGAAGGGAAAGGUAAAGGGAAGGCAAUCUAGUGACGAUGACGACGAGGAUGAUGACGAUGACGACGACAUUCUCGGCGCUGACGAUGACGAUGAUGAUGACGAUGACGUCGCAGCAGAUGACGAUGACGAUGAUGACGGCGAUGAUUACUUCGGAAGUUUCUUCGACGAUAUCCUAGGUGGUGGCGACGAUGAUGACGAUGACGACGACGACGAUGACGACGACGAAGAAGACGCACCGUCGCCUCAAGAGCCAGUCGUAGCCGAAUCUCCCGCCAUCCAACCGGCCGCCUCUCCUGAGCUAGCCUCUGCCGCCUCCGAACUGUCUCCGAGCGAGGAACUCGAUGCCCAGGAGCAAGCUGCCGGAGAACUAGAACAAGGUGCUGGAACUGACCAACCCGGUCAAGACGCCGAAAAAUACCCUAUCGAAGCGCCACAGGCUGUCGAAAACUCGGUAGAACCCGUAGUAGUCCAGCCUGUGCCCGCUGACGAUGACGACGAUAAUGACGAUGACGACGACGACGACGACGAUGACGGCCUAGCGGGUCUGACUGACGACGACGAUGACGACGAUGAUGACGACGACGAUGACGCUACCGACGACGACGAUGACGAAGACGACGACGAUGACGAUGACGUAACGGAUCUAGAGGACGUAAUCGAGGCGAAAAGAUCACGUUCCCUCCCAAUGGGCCAACCCAAAAUGCCUGCUAUCUACAUAUCCAAGUACAACAGAUUCGUCGACACCAUAUUAGGACGCAUCAACGUCAUUUUGGGCAAAUCGUACGAUCCUGUUCGAGUCAAACUCCAGACAGACGAGAAGAAUAAGAGCAAGAACAAAAAGGGCAACAAGAAGACCAAAGGCAAAGGAAAGAAGAAGAACGGCAACAGGAAGCGUCCGCUGAGGAGAACGAGCGAGGUCCGGAACAAAAUGGGUGAACUGACGAUCGCUAGGUCCGUCAAUCAGAUCAAUGAAAAUGAUCCCAAACUGCUAGAAAGUGAAAGCCGAGAACCAGCAUUCAUACUGAUCUCGAAAGCCGGUUCAGAGGACAUGAUGAAGAACGUCACAGUCUCCACCGUCGAACUGCGGACAAUUCCCACCAAGCGCAAACAAGCGAACAAAAACAAGAAGAAAAACUCCAACAAAACCGGCAACAGCGCAUCGAACGGUAACAAGAACACCACGAAAACCGGCAACAAGACGAAAACCAAGGCCAAACAAUCGAACAAGGACAGAGCGAGAGCCACGCUGUUUGGUUUGAGUUCGAUCAAAAGGGACGGUGACGUCACGGUCAACAUGGUGACCGACCAUACGACCGUGAAGACCAAUUUCAUCAUUGGACCUCUAACUUUGAGGGUCGAAAAAGAGUAUGGAAAGGGAGCGCGAAGAGAACUCAAAAGUGCUACUGCCACAACGGCUGAAAUGUACGGGAGACUGAAUUUGAGGAUAAUGCAUGGAGGUGCUGCAACCAUGCACUCUAUCAGAGUAUUACAACCAAAACAGGUUCGGGUAGACAGUGCCGAUGGUCAUGACAAAACCAGGGAGUACAUGUGGAAGCGAAGUGCCCACAUCGCAUCUCUAGUCUCUCAGAAGCUGGCUUCAGCAGCUAGAUCUAUGAUGAAGAAGCCUGCCAGUUCAGUCAGUUCAAUGUGAUGGAGAUCUUUCAAAAGUCGUUGAAGUACGAAAAUGAAUUGUUAUUUGCAUGAAUUUUACUUUGGGACCUGUCCAAGAUAUCACAGUUAAGUUAUUUAUUUGUUCUACGGCUAUAACAUAUUAUAUCAGAUGCAUGUCGAAAAGCCGAAGAAAUACAAAAGUUCGCUGUUAUCAGUUACAGCCGUAGAAAAAGUAUAGUGUAUAACUCGCACGGAAUGCUGAUUUCCCACUUGUAUGAUUUUCAGCGUGGGAAAUGACUAUUAUUCCCUGCUCGUUAUACAAUAUAAUGUUUCACUUGUUAUAAUGUAUUUUCUGAAAUGUUUUCGAAGUAUUCAAUAUUCCGAUAAUUGCAACAACAUUUCAAUAGGGCUAAGAUUAAAGUAUGAAAAAUUAACAUUUACUUCAGUCUUCAUAAUUGACUAAUAGAAUUAUGUCAAAACAGAUAUGUUCAAUAUGUUCUAAUGGCUUUUAUACAGCGUGUCUCACUUUAAAAACCCCCCUUCCUCUAUAGCUCAGCUAUUAGUCGGGCGAUUCGUAACAAAUACCAGUUUUCCAGAGACGAACAUCCUUUUGGACAGUGCCGUGCUUUAUUAUUGAUAUAAGAAGGGGUUGAUUUUUAUGAACUCAUAUUAGGAAUUUUUAUUAAUUAUUGUUCCCCAUGCUUUAGAACCUUCAUAUGCAAUAAAUCACCGAACUAACAGGAUUGAUUUCGUUUUAUAUCAUUUUUAGCCUCAAAAAAAUACAGAAUUCAAAUUUACUGCAUAUUUUGGAACGUUAGCUAGAAAAUCAUGAUUUGAAAGGAAAAAACAAGAUAUACUAUUAUAUGUUGAACUAAUCGCCGUCUCCGAGCAAAUUUUCUUGAAACACUUCAUAGGAAUCAUAUGAAAAUUCACAUAUGGGUGUUUGAAAUCAUGAAGAAGUCUUCCUGUGAAACAAUUCCUGAUAUGAUUUCAUGAAAAAUUGUCUCCUUCACAUUUUAAUGAAAACGGACGGCACGCAGUCUAAAAUGAAACUAAUAAUAUUGGUGGUUAUUCAUACCGGUCUAAAUUUGUUAAAGAUCGAACGACUAAUAGCUGAGAGUAGAGGAGGCCGUUUGAAAUGAAAAACGAAAAACGCUGUAUAUGUUGGUGACAAAAAAACAAGUAUUUUGUCCUUUUAUGGUGAAAUCAAUCAGUACCUAUAUAUAUGUAUAUGCAGUUAAUUGAAAGAAAAAAGGAUGAGUGAUAUUAAAAAAAUUAGAUAUUAGAGAUAUAUAUUUGGAAAAUCUAUCGUCAUGGUGCCUAUAUUCUUGAAGGUGAUUUUAAAAAUAAGUAAUUUAUUUAUUAUUUAAUAUUUAUUACCUAAUUACGUAAAUUUGUUAUUACCCAUGUGUGGCGAGAUGUGUGGUAUUAAGAAAAAUAUUAAUG